CGUCACCCCAAGAGCCAAUCCGCAUCCGCACCUUGCCUCUCCCCCUCUUCCUCGCUCUGAUCCGGUUCCCAAAUCCUUCGCUUUCGUCGUCGUCUUCUCCGAGCCAAAUUGAUCGGAGCGGAGCGGAGCGGUGAUCCUGUCCAUGCGCGGAGCGUGGUAGCCUCGGAGGACCCUCUCGCCGUCGCCUUCCCCCUUCCUCGCCCGUUUCUGGUUGCCGGGAUCAGCCGAGUUGGAUCUCGAGGCAUAAAAGCGUUGCGGGCGUCCGGCGAGGUUACGAUGCCUGCGGUGCUCGCCGCGUUCGCCAGCCUCCGCGCGGCAGCAGCCAUCGUCUCCGGGAACUCGUCCUUCCCCUGCUCCCAUCGCCUCAAGCAUCGUUUUAGUAGUAAUUUUAGUAGUAGUAGUAGUAAUUGUCUUUGACCAUUGCCUUCCCCUCGUCGUCGAUCUGGUUGUGCUCGAUCCGAGGCUUGUUUGGCUGCGCGGGUUCCGUGCUCGACCUCGCGCGCUUCCCGGGUUGCGGGAGUUUGGUGUCUGGGUUCGAUCUGCAGGUUCGAAAGGGAAGCAAUUUGGGGUGUUGGCCGUGGUGGUCAGCAUUCCUACCAGAAAAGAGCAACUUCUCUUUGUAAUUUGGAAAUAAGCUUGUGGAUGGGUGAAGCUUUGGCAGAAUUCAGUGUUGAAGGUGUUAGCAGCAGCCCAUGUCUCUGCCGCAACACCUGUGAAAAGCCAGGUUGUGAACACAGCUAUGCUUGCUUGAAAGAUGAGCAAGAUGAUUUGGUGGUUGAGGAAAUUGGAAUGGCUCUUACUGAAGUGAUACAUGCCUAUGGUGAUGGUGACAAUGAUGAAGGACCAGAUUUGGAUGAGGAUUCUAGCGACGAUGAUGAUGAUGAUCUUGUUCUUUCUAUGGAAUCUGAUUCAACCGAUGAUUUAGUGGAUGUUGACUCUGAAUUGGUCAUAUCAUCAGCCUCUCCUAGUUGUGAUGCAUCGGACUCAUCAAUUAGCAAAUCAGUUGAUGAAAAGUCAUCAAUUCUUGGUGCUCCAAGGCUGGUUUCUGCAAUGAAGGGAACCCGUGCAAAGCAGGGAAUCAUGAGAAAGUUGAGCGUUUCAUGGGCCCCUGAUGUAUAUGAUCCUCCUGUUACUUCUGACUCGCAUACCGUGAGAGGGCACCAGAGGAGUUCAAGGAAGCGCCACUACAAAUACAAGCCCUCCAAGAGCAGCAGCAGCAGCAGCACCAGUGGCAGCAAAAAGGACAAGAAGCAUUCUCGCCACAGCAGCAGCAGCAGCAAAAAGGACAGGAAGCAUUCUUCCCGCAAUGCCAGUACUAGUGGCAGCAACAGAACUGAUACGAGUAGUUCUCAUUAUCGUAAGGCAUACAAUGGUGGGGGGAUCAGUAGCAGUUCUAACAAUGGUGGGGGGAUCAGUAGCAGCAGAACUGUGACAUGUGUUCCAGAAUAUUCUAAGGUACCUCCAUUGGUGCUAGCUGAAAGUGCCGCGCUGCCGGAGACAGUUCCUGUACUCAAGACUAUGGAGCCAAUCAAAUGUGCUACCAGCUGCGGCAAGGAGAAGCCAUUUGCAUUGCUGUCACGCCAGUUUUCCCCGGCAAGGUACAAGGGGAUGUUCUCCUUUUGGAGCCAAAACCAACUGGCUUCUUAAUCCUCAGUCGCUGCUAUGGGCUCACUUGGGAGUCUUCGUUGCUAAUCAUGUGGUACCAGUGAGGCUCGUUGUUUUACAUCUCUUUGUUAAACUGUUUAUUCGGCUUGUUUCUGAAACUCCAGAGAUAACGUUCUCGAAAAUUGUCGGGCAAAGUACCUGUAUGUUUGAGCUUCUGUUCUAUUCUUUA